CAUAACAAAGAUGUAGCCAGAUAACAUUUACUGUUAAUUUGUACUUUAAAAAACAAGAUUUCUAAACCAAAAUACUUAACUUAUUUGUAUUUUAAAGAUUCACUAUUACAAGCCAUUGGCCAUUCUUCAUAAGAACCAACCUGAAGUUCUGUCAAAAUGAGCUUGUCAUUACAUCUGCCAUUAAGAAUUCCAGACUCAAACUCACAGCUAUGGGAUUGUGACUUCAUACUCGAUAUACCAGGUCCAUAAAAACAAUAUUAAGGUUCAACUACUGAAAUGAAAAGACAAAAUCAAAGCUGUGUGGUUGAAUUCAUCCUCCUGGGCUUUUCUAACUUUCCUGAGCUCCAGGUGCAGCUCUUUGGGAUUUUCCUAGUUAUUUAUGUGGUGACCUUGAUAGGAAAUGCCAUCAUUAUAGUCGUCAUCUCCUUAAACGAGAGCCUCCACGUUCCCAUGUACCUGUUCCUCCUAAAUUUAUCUGUGGUGGAGGUGAGUUUCAGUGCAGUCAUUAUGCCUGAAAUGCUGGUGGUGCUCUCUACUGAGAAAACUAUAAUUUCUUUUGUGGGCUGUUUUGCACAGAUGUAUUUCAUCCUUCUUUUUGGUGGGACUGAAUGUUUUCUCCUGGGAGCAAUGGCUUAUGAUCGGUUUGCUGCAAUUUGCCAUCCUCUGAACUACCAAGUGAUUAUGAACAGAGGGGAUUUUGUGAAAUUAGUAAUGUUCUCAUGGAUCUCAGGGAUCAUGGUGGCUACUGUGCAGACCACUUGGGUAUUUAGUUUUCUGUUUUGUGGCCCCAGUGAAAUUAAUCAUCUGUUCUGUGAGACUCCCCCAGUACUAGAGCUUGUGUGUGCAGACACCUUCUUAUUUGAAAUCUUUGCCUUCACAGGCACCAUUUUGAUUAUUAUGGUUCCUUUCUUGUUGAUCCUCUUAUCUUACACUCGAGUUCUGUUUGCCAUCCUGAAGAUGCCAUCAACUACAGGGAGACAAAAGGCCUUUUCCACCUGUGCCUCUCACCUCACAUCUGUGACCCUGUUCUAUGGCACAGCCAAUAUGACUUAUUUACAACCCAAAUCUGGCUACUCACCAGAAACCACGAAACUGAUGUCAUUGGCUUACACAUUGAUCACUCCUCUGCUGAAUCCACUCAUCUACAGCUUACGAAACAGUGAAAUAAAGAGGGCUUUGAUAAAACUAUGGUGA